AUGGCUACGAAUACAAAGGCAAGAUCAAAGACGCGUACGAACAGAGAGGAGCACAUCACUACUUGGACGACAAAGUGCUUCAGCAACCUUUGGUUUAUCAAUUCGUCUAUUUCGGCAGGACCUACACCUACUCAGCCGUAUUCCCAACCGUAUACUCAAACAUACCGGCCGCCAUACCAACAAUCGUACUCGCAUCCCUUUGCUGUGCAUCCUGCCUCUGCAAGUACAUCUCAUGGCGGCACUUCGCAACAGUCAGAAGUAUUUCCGGAGGACAAGCACAACUCAGCACCACCUCGAUAUGAUUUGGCCUCGCAGACGUCAAGUGAAAAGCCUCUCGCUCAACAGAACUAUCCGUCUUACGCACAGCCAACUGUGCCACCUAUGCAGCCAGCGCAGCCCUAUCACCCCAUGAUGCCGAUGCCACCACAGCCGCCUGUGUCACGGACCGUUGGUCCUACUAUCAACUGGUACGGAUAUAUGCCGCCUCCUGGCGCUGUGACCGUGGCGCCUGGCGAUCCUCGCAUCGGUGGCGUACUAUGUUACAGGUGCGGUGGGUCCGGCAGUAUUGAAGACCUGAUGUCACUGUUCUUUGGCGACGACGAAUGCCCUGUGUGUGGCGGAGCAGGUCGGAUCUCCGGCUAG